GGACUUUUCGUACGAAAAUUCCGCUCACCGGCUCAGCAGGUCACCCCCCACUCUCUCCCCUUUUUCCUUUAUAGACUCUUCUCCACUCCAAAAGUGCGAGUGAGAAUUUUUCAUCUCCAAAAUUCUCAGUCUUUGGCCUUUUCUUCCUAUCAAUUUGUUCUUUAAACCAAAACCCCAUCUGACAAAACCGCGUCAAUUUUCCCUUUUCUUCCCAUUAUUUAUUCUUCUUUUUUGUUCUCCCUCACUCUGAUUUUAAUUUGAAUACACUCAUUUACAUUUCAAAUGGUGCUCUUGAAAUCUUCAAUUCCCAUGGAUCUGAUCUCUGGUAUUCAAAUUCAGGGGAUUCUGAAGUGGGGUUUUUGAAUCGAGGUCUCUUUGAAUCCUUUUUUUGGUUCGCUUUUUGUGGGUUUUAGGGUUUGAAAUUCCUCAAAAUGGGUAAAACGAUGACCAUUUCUAGUAGAGAUUGGAAUCAGAUCUAUGCGAUCUAUGGAGUGGAUCAAUGGCAAACCAUAGUGUUUCUUCUUCUUCAUGCUCUGUUUUUUACUGCUCUUUCCAUUUUUUACCUUUCUUACUUCGAAUCCAUCUGUUCUUUUUUCGAGCUUCUCUUCUCCGGCGGCUCCGCCCGUUUCGCCGCCGGUUUCACCGGUUGCGUCACUGCUAUCUCCGCCUUCUGCCUCUUCUUCGCCGCCGCUAAUAUCUUCUACUCUUCUCUCCCUCUCCACUAUGAAAUGGCUCUCCGGAUGGUCAACGCCGUCUCCGAUUGGUCAACCGUGAAGCACGCCCUCGACCUUGGCUGCGGCCGGGGCAUUCUACUCAACGCCGUUGCCACUCAGCUCAAGAAGGAAGGAAGUUCAGGUCGAGUUGUGGGGUUAGAUCGGAGCAAGCGGACUACUCUGGCGACGCUUCGUACGGCAAAGAUGGAGGGUGUUGGAGAGUAUGUGACGUGUCGAGAAGGCGACGUUAGACGGUUGCCGUUCGGGGACAAUUACUUCGAUGUGGUGGUCUCAGGAGUGUUCGUGCACACGGUAGGGAAGGAGCACGGGGCAAGAACGGCGGAGGCGGCGGCGGAGAGGAUACGGGUGGUGGGAGAAUUGGUGAGAGUGUUGAAGCCGGGGGGAACUGGGGUGGUGUGGGAUCUUCUACACGUUCCGGAAUACGUGCGGAGGUUGCAAGAAUUGAAGAUGGAAGACAUUAGAGUGUCUGAGGGUGUAACAGCCUUCAUGGUCAGCAGCCACAUCGUUUCCUUUACCAAGCCACGUCAUCACUUUGUGGGCUCUGGAGAGGUCCGGCUUGACUGGAGAUGCUGAUCUCAUCUGCCACCUCCUACUUUUAACUUUUUAAGUUUUUUAGUUCUCAAGUAGAGAAAGAAAAUAACCCCCUCAUUUUAAUGGGAAUUUAUUAUACAUUUAAUAAUAACAUUAUGCGUAAAGAAGUAAUUAACAAAGGUUAUAUAGUAUCUAUUAUUAUUAACCUGGGUAGGCGAAGCAGACCCUAAAAGGUUCAAUCCAAAUAUAUAAUGUAUACAUAAAUACCUUCAUUCAAAUAAAAAUAAAUAUAAUUAUGCUCA